GUCGAAGUGAAACGGUUCAUUCGAAACACAUACUUUUAAUUUGGUGUGCGCGCAAAGAGACAAUUUCUUUGUAUUCUAUUUCGAUCGACGAUCUAUUUUUUAUAGUCAGUUUUUUUUUGUUCGUUGCAAUUUUUCUUAUUUUUCAUAUAACCCCGUGUUGCAAGCAAUAAAUAACGGGAGGGGUUGGUGAAGUAUUCCAGACAAUCAUUUAGCCCAACGGCAAAUCCAAUCGAUUUAUUGAAGACGCAAAUCGUGAAUUAACAACUGAUUCAACUGCCAAUACUAAGAAUAUAUCUUCAUCUAAUUUCUAGGCACUUGAAUGCAAGUUUGCCGCAACAGACGAUCAUGUGAAUGAAAUUCAAUCAAAUUGGUGUUAAAGAAAAAUCAAUGAAUGAACCGAACCGGUCGAAAUUGCCGUUUGAAUAUUGUUUUCCUGUCGUUAAUGAAGUUCGUAAUUAGUGUGUAGUGAGGUGUAUAUUUGUGUUUGUGUGUGUGCUGCAAGUGCGAAAUUCCGAUGAACCAGAGAACGUGUUCGGCAUCAAACAUAAUGAUUUAACAACUUAACUGAGAUCGAUGUUUUUAACGUUUUGCUAAAUUAUAAGGUUGUUUCAAGAAUCGAAGUGUGGUGCAUUUUAAAAUAAAAAAACGUAGAGAAAAGAACAUACACGUACAAAGCAAAAUCAGCAUCGAUCUAUCAAUCCCACAUAGUAUAUCUCUUUUUUCAUUCUUGUCGUGAUAUUGUAUUGAUUGAAAUCACGCGUCGAUUAGUUUGUUGAAACAUCCAAGCCAGGAGAUAGUUUUGCAAUUUUGUUUACACAUCGAGAUAGAUUUAAACGAAAAUUGAAAAGAAAUAUAUACAUACAUAACACAAAGAAAAGCGAAAAUGCAAAAAAUCCACACAAUUUCAUCGCCACCAGUUAUGAGUACAAGCAAUACAUCAACAACAAGUGAUCUGAUAGCAUCAGUUGUAGCCGGACAUAAGAUCAAUAAUAAAAAUCAUAAUAAUUCAAAUAAGAAAAUUAACAGCAAUAUCGGUGUGUCAAAUAAUAACAAUAUCAAUAGUAACAACAAUAAUAAUAACGAUCAUCAAUCGACCAACAUAAAUGAGAAUGGUACGCCAUUGAAAAUAGUAAAGCCGACACCAGCCAAACCGAAUGGAAAAAAUGCAUUAGCUGCCACAACAUCGACACCGUCAACAAAACCAAACGUAAGCAAUAUCAACAAUAACAGCAACAGCAAAAGCAACGCACCAGCCAAUGAUUCAACGUCUACCGCGGUCAAUUCGAAGAAUCUAAAUAAUAAAAUCAGUAAAAAUACUAGUAGUAAUAACAUACUGAUGGGUGCUGAUAUUGUUAAUCUAGCCAAUGUUCUGUCCACGCAAACUGCUGCAAUUGCACCCGAUGCACAGGCGAAACAAGUGUUAAAAGAAGCCGUCGAUGCGGUUGUAAAUAGUUUCGCUAAACACACUCAAGGCUAUGGUCGUGUUAACGUUGUCGAGGCCCUUCAAGAAUUCUGGCAAAUGAAACAAGCGCGUGGCGCUGAUUUGAAAAACGGUGCCAUUGUUAUCUACGAAUCAGUUCCAUCGAAUAGCCAACCUUACAUUUGUUACGUGACUUUGCCCGGAGGCAGUUGUUUUGGAAGUUUUCAGAAUUGUCCAACGAAAGCUGAAGCUAGACGGAGUUCAGCCAAGAUUGCCUUGAUGAAUUCGGUUUUCAAUGAACAUCCCUCACGGCGCAUUAGCGAUGAGUUCAUUGCCAAAGCCGUUCAAGAAGCACGAGCCUCUUUCAAAUCUGAAAAUAACGAAGACGAUGGCCCAGACACUGGAAUCGGCGCAUUUAGAUUCAUGUUGGAAGCGAAUAAAGGUCGUACAAUGCUUGAAUUUCAAGAGUUGAUGACAGUGUUUCAACUGUUACAUUGGAAUGGAUCGUUAAAGGCGAUGCGAGAACGCCAGUGUUCACGACAAGAGGUGGUAGCACAUUAUAGUAAUCGUACAUUGGACGAUGACAUGCGCUCUCAAAUGGCACUCGAUUGGAUUGCACGUGAACAGGAAAGUCCCGGUGUAUUGAGUCGUGAACUUGCAUUGGCCGAACGUGAAUUAGAAACGGCUCGUUUGGCCGGCAGAGAAUUGCGUUUCCCAAAAGAAAAGAAAGAUAUUCUACUUCUGGCACAUAAUCAAUCAUUGAUGGCACAUAAUCAAUUGGGCAGUACAAAUACGGUAUUAAAUAGCUAAAGCAAUUCAUUAGUGAAAACACACAAUCCGCAAUGGCAUUACUUGAAUCUCAUUCAAUUAGUUUAUCUAAGAUUUAUAGCAAGAGAAGAAAAAAAAACAAACUACACACAUUUCGAUUAGUUGAACAUUUACUUUCAUGACGGAAUUUUGAAUUUAUGAAUAAUUCUUCAACGUGUUUAUAGUAAUCAGGCCGAUAAUUGCAAAUGGAUUGAAAUCCAAUGUUUAAAUAUCGGAAUAAGCUUGUUGUAAAAGAGAAAUCCUCCUCAAAAAUGAAAGAUGCGAGAGAUGACAGUGUAUUUUAAGUAAGAAAUUUCGUAUAGGAAACCGGCAUGAAUGUAACAAUAUGAAGAACUCAUGCACAAAAAAACAGGAAUGCCAUCGAAUCGCAAAAUAAAUUGCACUUGUAUGUAGAAUUGAUGUUUUAUCACACAACUGUUUCGGCCGUAUAUAUUUUUAGGUUCAAAAUUUUUCAUGCGUUUCAGUCAUUUUCGAACUCUUGCCUUAUUUUAAUCAAAGUCGAAAUUAGCCAUUUUAAAUUUUAACAAAAACAUUUCUAUGCUAAACAAGAGAAAAUGUGAUCAUUUUUUUUUAAAUAUAUAAAAGGACGAAAUGCGAUGCGAUGUUUGACUUUAAGCAUUUAUUCAUAAUUUUAUUUGAUUUUUUCUUUCAUAGUUUAGGAAUUAAAAGAAAAUAUGCAUUCCAUUUAGGUGUUUAUUUUUUAAAAAACAAAACGCAACGAAUGAAUCGUUAGCACGAUUACAAAUGUUAAUACGAAUAUAGCGAAUUGUGAUUUUUUUGUAACUGAUGUCGAAUUCGAACAUUUUUUUUUUCAUUUUAAAUAUUUUGCUCGUUACUUGUUUGAUCGAUUUCGGUUGGCCGUGUUUCGAAUUAGCCAAUCACUUUUCAGUCUAAUUUAAAACAUUCAGAGCUCUUGUCGUAGCACUUAUAUAAAAAAAACUACAUGUAUUCAGUUAAAAUAAAAAGUUCAUCCAUGCAUUUGUAAUGUUAAUUAGUUGAACAAGUUGAGUGUAGUUGAAGAGAAAAGGAAAUAAACAUUUACACUUUAUCUUAUCAUAUGA